UAGGGUUGGGCCGCGACCGGGACGGGGCCGGCGCCGAGCAAGGGAGUAGGAUCGAGGCCGGGGAGGACAGGCAUCGGGCGGCCGUCACCUCGGAGCUUCGUCAGACACCAGCCUCGAUUCCCCUCCGCUAUCGCUGCCGCCUCUGCGUCGUUGCCCGCCGGGCGGGCCGGGCGGGAUGCGCCGGGGGAUCCGGGUCCUGGCCUCGGGCCGCCGCCGACGUCGCCGCUGAGACUCCCCCCACCCGCUACCCCCAAAACCUCCAGUGACGCCGCAGCCAUGGAGAGCUGCCCGCGUGCGGAGCCCGGGCCGGGCGCAUCCCCAGCUGUGGUAGCCAGGAUCCCCCCAGAGCCAAGACCUUCUCCAGAAGGUGACCCUUCCCCACCACCACCACCACUACCGAUGUCAGCCUUGGUUCCCGACACUCCGCCCGAUACCCCUCCUGCCAUGAAGAAUGCCACCAGCCCUAAGCAGCUCUCACUGGAACCAGAGAGUCCCAUCGGGCAAGUCGAGCCUAGGCCAGCCCCCCAACAAGAAGAAUCCCCAUCCUUAAAGAGCAGGGGACCCACCCCACCAGCCACAGGCCCACGGGAUGCUAGACCUCCUCGAAGGAGCAGCCAGCCAUCCCCAACGGCAACACCAGCCUCUGACAGCCCUCCCACAAAGCAAGCAGAUGUAAAGAAGGCAGGGGAGAGGCACAAACUUGCCAAAGAGCGACGAGAAGAACGGGCCAAGUACCUGGCGGCCAAGAAGGCAGUGUGGCUGGAGAAGGAGGAGAAGGCCAAGGCCCUCCGGGAAAAGCAGCUCCAAGAACGCCGGCGGCGGCUGGAGGAACAGCGGCUUAAAGCUGAGCAGCGCCGCGCAGCCCUGGAGGAGCGGCAGCGACAGAAGCUUGAGAAAAACAAGGAGCGCUAUGAAGCAGCCAUCCAGCGGUCAGUGAAGAAGACAUGGGCUGAAAUCCGACAGCAGCGCUGGUCUUGGGCAGGGGCCCUGCACCACAGCUCUCCAGGACAUAAGACCAGUGGGAGCAGGUGCUCCGUGUCGGCAGUAAACCUGCCCAAACACGUGGACUCUAUAAUCAACAAGCGGCUCUCAAAGUCCUCUGCCACGCUCUGGAACUCCCCCAGUAGAAAUCGCAGCCUGCAGCUGAGCGCCUGGGAGAGCAGCAUUGUGGAUCGUCUGAUGACGCCCACCCUCUCCUUCCUGGCUCGGAGUCGCAGUGCGGUCACACUGCCCCGCAAUGGCCGGGACCAGGGUAGGGGCAGCGGCCCUGGGAGACGCCCCACGAGGGGCCGGGCAGGGGCCAGCCUAGCGCCUGGGCCGCACUCCGACCGCACUCAUCCCUCCGCAGCCGUGCCCGUGUGCCCGCGCUCGGCCUCCGCCAGCCCCCUGACGCCUUGCAGCGCCCCUCGCAGCGCGCACCGCUGCACCCCCCCCUCCGGGGAGCGUGCGGAGCGGCGCAAGCCGAGCGCCGGCGGUAGCCCGGCUUUGGCGCGCCGCCGGCCCGAAGUCUCGCCGGUGCAGAAGAAAGAGAAGAAGGACAAGGAGCGGGAGAACGAGAAGGAGAAGAGUGCCCUAGCCCGCGAGCGCAGCCUCAAGAAGCGCCAGUCUCUGCCCCCGUCCGUGCGACCGCGCCUCUCCACCAGUGCCGCCUCGGAGCUCAGCUCCAAGUCCAAGGCCCGGCCAUCCUCUCCCUCCACAACCUGGCACAGACCUGCUUCCCCCUGCCUCAGCCCAGGGCCAGGCCAUGCCCUGCCGCCAAAGCCACCAUCCCCCCGAGGCACCACUGCAUCACCCAAGGGGAGGGUUCGGAGGAAGGAGGAGAUGAAGGAGAGCCCCAGCCCGGCAGGGUCUGAGGACAAGAACCGGAGCAAGAGCAGAACCAGUGAGGAGAAGGAGCCAGCGGUCCCAGCCUCACCAGCACCCUCCCCAGUGCCCUCACCCACCCCAGCCCAGCCUCAGAAGGAGCAGCCCACAACAGAUACCCCUGCAGACGCUCCUGUCCUGACCGCACCCCCUGCCGCUGCUCCCCCGGUGACCCCCAGCAAACCCAUGGCGGGCACCACAGACCGGGAAGAAGCCACCAGGCUCCUGUCUGAAAAGCGGCGCCAGGCCCGGGAACAGCGGGAGCGAGAGGAACAGGAGCGGAAACUGCAGGCCGAAAGGGACAAGCGAAUGCGGGAGGAACAGCUGGCACGGGAGGCCGAGGCGCGGGCUGAACGGGAGGCCGAGGCUCGCAGGCGGGAGGAGCAGGAGGCUCGGGAGAAGGCGCAGGCGGAGCAGGAGGAGCAGGAGCGGCUGCAGAAGCAGAAAGAGGAGGCUGAAGCUCGGUCGCGGGAAGAAGCCGAGCGCCAGCGUUUGGAGAGGGAAAAGCAUUUCCAGCGCGAGGAGCAGGAGCGACAGGAGCGCAGAAAGCGGCUGGAGGAGAUAAUGAAGAGGACUCGGAAGUCUGAAAUUGCUGAAACCAAGCAGAAGCAAGAUGGAAAGGAGGCCACAGCCAACAAUUCCAGCCCAGACCCUGUGAAAGCUGUAGGUACUCUGCCCUCUGGACUGCAGAAGGAGGUUGUGCAGAAAGAGGAGCUGGCCUCCCAGGAACCGCAGUGGAGCCUGCCAAACAAGGAGAUGCCAGGGUCCCUGGUGAAUGGCCUGCAGCCUCUCCCAGCACACCAGGAGAAUGGCUUCUCCCCAAAGGGAACCUCUGGGGACAAGAGUCUGGGCCGAACACCAGACACACUCCUCCCCUUUGCAGAGGCAGAAGCCUUCCUCAAGAAAGCCGUGGUGCAGCCCCCACAGGUCACAGAAGUCCUUUAAAUGAUUGCCUUGGACCCAGGCACAGCUAUGAAGAUUUCUCUGUAUCAUCUCCCAGGUGUCUGGAAGAGAAAGAGACAGAACAAAAAUGGAAGUGGCCUGGGUUCCAGGGGGUGGGUCUUCUCUGAUGUUUUUAAUCUGCACCUUAUAGACUUAUGUGUCUUUGGCUGGAGCCAGGCACUGCCCCUCAGUGCAUUCGUGUGCUCACACGCGCGAACACACAUCUCCCCCAUACACACAUACACUCAUAGCCUCUCUGGCCUCCCCCACUCUGGGGAAGGACCAUGUAGUAUUUGCCUUGGUUUGGUGGGGUACAGUGGAUGUGAAUACUGUAAAUAGCUUGUGCUCAGAUGCCUCUGUGUGGAGGGGGCAGGUGCAGGAGGCAGACCCUCCUCCCAAGGCUCCCUGGGAUGAUCUUCCUCUAUUUAACUGUAACUGAGGGGGACCCCAGGUCUGGGAAUAGGGGGCACCUUGGGCCAUAGGAUACUGGUUGCUUUGGGGAUAAUGCCCCCUGCCCUCACCUGGAAUCAGUGUUAUUGCAUCUGAUCAAACUUCUCCAGAAAUAAAGUGAGAAUAAUUCUGCCAA